GUGAUUUAUACAAUAAAGCCAGCACUUUCUAGCAACACGCUUUUAGAAAUGACCAAAACCUAUGCAUGUUUAAGGUAAUUCAACAUAUUUGGAAAAAAAUAAUAAAAAAAAAAAAAAUAAACAUUUGGGUUGCGUUUACGGGGCCUGCGUCCCGGACAGACAAGCCUUCACAAACACUUGGUCCGGGUACAAAGUCUCCUGCCGCUAGCUAACUGCGUGCCAACCACACCAAUUUUCGCACUUCCUUCAUUUUAAAAAAUACGCUUUGUUAUCACAGAACACUUUUGAGCUAUUAGAAGAAGCCGAAACCGGCUCCAUUGUCGUUAUUUGGCAGUCCCUACAGGCAGUUUUUGGCAUGUUCCCGGAGAUUCUCCACUUCAACCGAGAGACCUGUCCGUCGUGCUGGCCCGGUGGGUAAGACACGAAAGAAGUCAACACAAAAGUGCGACUUUUCAAAAGCCAGCGUGAACCGAGCAAUGACACACCAGCAUGGAAACCAUGACCGUGUGCAACAUAGGCGUGUCUUCUUCAAUUUGGCUGACAGCGCUGUUGCACCAUGUGGGAUUUCCCAAGAAGACGUUUGCACCUCCUUCUUUUUGAUACUUGACGCUCGCCUUCACUUCCAGACACGCAGAGAACACAGGAAAGACACCACGGGUUGAAAUACAAGCAGACACGAGACGGCCGCCAGAUGCGAGAAGCCAUGAACAAUAAACCCACGGGAUGCAUUGUGAAAACUCCAUGAAGUGUCACUGAGAAAAUGCGAGUAUUAGCAGCUCAGUAUCUGUUUUGGAUUUGGAUGGUGAAGUUAAAGUUGAAAUCACAUUUUCAGGGGUGUUCAUGUAAGGUCCUUAAGGACUAUGAGGAAAAUAGUAUGUCGUAUUUAAGUUAUUUUUUUUUUUAUUUCACUCCUGAAUAAACUGACACUAUGGUAUUUUGGUAGCCAUAGAGAAAAUCAGUUAAGUGUGUGUGUGUGUCUGUUUUCAGAAUUGUGCAGUUUGUAAUUUUUUUUUUCCCUUCAAUAAAGGAAUCUUGCGGCACGGUGGCGCAGCUGUAAAGCAUUGUCCUCACAGUUCCGAGGUCCAGGGUUCAAUCCCGGCCCCGCCUGUGUGGAGUUUGCAUGAUCUCCCCGUGUCUGCUUGGGUUUUCUCCGGGCACUCCAGUUUCCUCCCACAUCCCAAAAACAUCCAUUCAUUGGAGACUCAAAAUUGCCCCGAGGUGUAAUUGUGAGUUCCAGGUGCCCUGCGAUUGGCUGGCAACCAGUUCAGAGUGUACCCUGCCUCCUACCCGAUCACACCUGGAUUUGGCUCCAGAAUCAGAAUCAGACAAUCUUAGGUUCAUCCUCCCGGGAUGGAUUGAUUUUGUGUUCUAUUCUGAGGUCUAUAAUUUUUUUUUUAUAAGUUUGUUUUCCCUCAAGUCAUAGUAAAUAGAUAAUCAUUCUGUUUCUUUGGACUUCAUUUACAAUCAUUCACGAUCGUUGUGGUGAAUCUCUGUUAUUGCAAUGGGUGGUGUCUUGUCUCCCACAGACAGAAACGUGGUUUUCCAAGGCAGAAAGCUCCGGAAAAGUCAUGAUUCAGCCGUUUACAGCCACCAAUGACUCCAACUUCCUGGACUCGGCUUUUCGUUAUCAGCUUUUCCCCACGGCAUAUGGCAUCAUCUUCAUACUAGGACUCUUUGCCAACAUUUACGUGCUGGUUGUGCUACGCUGCCUACGAGAAGCCAAGGCCAUGGGGGAAAUCCGCAUUUACAUGACCAACCUGACCAUCGCAGAUCUCCUCUUCGUCUGUGCCCUCCCCUUUUGGAUUGGGUAUUACAGCCGCCAAGGCACGUGGAUCUACAAAGACUUUCUGUGCCGACUGACCGGUUCAUUGUUCUUCAUCAACACCUACUGUUCCAUCCUCUUCCUUGGCGCCAUCAGCGUCAACCGGUACUGGGCUGUCACCAGGCCUCUAGACGCAGCCUCGUCGGACCACAGGCGCCGCGGCAUUGCCAUCUGCGUGGUCAUUUGGUUGACGACGCUCUCCAUGGCUGUUCCUUUUCUCGCCAAUCCAGGCACCAACCAGGACAGGAACGUCACCCGGUGUUUCGAGGGGUACCAGAAUGGGGACGACUCGUCCAAAAGAGUUGUAGCGGCCAUGCAUUUCGCAAUUAUCGCAAUGUUUUUUGUUGUUUUCGCGCUCGUGGUGGUGUGUAACCUCCUCAUUGCCCGAGCCUUGUUCUCCCAAAGUGCUCCUCUCUCUGAGCUAAAGUCCGGAACAGUUUUAUCCAGGAAGUCCAACAUGACUAUCUCCUUAUCAAGGAGGCCAACAGGGGUGAAACGCAGGGCUGUGCAGAUGCUGAUGGCGGUGGUCGGCGUAUUCGUCCUGUGCUUCCUGCCUCAUCACGUGGUCCAAGGCUUCUGGACGCUGGCAGUGCUUCAGAUCCAAGAGGGGUGGGGCCAUGUGGACUGGAAUGGCGAGACCAUGCAGGCGCUUAAUGAUGCGCAUCAGGUGACCCUACUUCUCAUGGGCCUCAACUGCAUUUUGGAUCCAGUGGUGUACUGUUUUGCGACCAGGAAGUUUCGUCGGUACAUCAUGGCUGAUCUGAAGAGGCUGGCGAAGGGUGAGAGCUGCUCCCACACAGUCACCUCACAGAUCUCUUUGGACAGCCGACACCAGAGCCAGAGACUUCCUGAUGAGCUCAUUCAACCCGAGCAGCUUUGACACCCAAGCAAUGCCAUAAUAAACAGGAGAUUACAUAUUCUGUAUCACAGCCAUUUUUUUUAGACUGCUUGUCCUGGAUUGGAGCCUAUCCCAUCCGACUUUAGGUCAGAGGUGGACUACAACCUUGGAGUGGUCUCUAGUCAAAGGGAAAGCACAUCAAGAGAGACAAACUCACAUUCAAACUGUCCCCAAGUUGGAACUGAACCAAAACUGCCUGGACUGAACUCACGUCAUCAAUAACUGUCUUGUCCAUACCAUUUGUAAGAGGAAAAAAAAAUAUCACAUUUAAUGACUGAAUGUGCGUAACUGUAUGAGUUUUGUUGCAAAUAUGUGAUUGUCUUCAUAGGAGUCGGGGGUGAGUCCUGCAUAGCCUAGCAUGCCUUCAGUGGACUUUGAGACUUAAUUCACCUCCUAAAACCGCCACGCGAUAGAAUUAUCGCAGUUAUUGAAGCCAUAAAUACGAUAGAAAAUUACAGAACGGCAUCCAACUGUGCCAAAACUCUGAAAUAAAAAUACAUUGUACUCACCACAGAUGAUUAUUAAAUAUUAAUGAAGGUGUUCAUAUCACUCAUUUACUUGGCGAAGUUGGUCGUAAUGAGUUUUGCUUUGACUAACCGGAGAAAUGAAUCCUGUCAUUGUGGGCCAACGCUGAGUACAAAUUUGAAAUCUUCAUGAUUGAAAUAAAAUCUAAUGUAGUUUGUAGGUUAGACUACAUUGCAUCAAUCUGGCUUCCUGUAUGAAGUACGCACAGAAAAGAAGAAGUUAUGCAAGCAGAAGUCUCUGAGAAUCUGUAAAAUUGUGACUCUUUAUCUUCACCAAAGGAGCUGAAAAGAAAGAUUCAAGACAGUUAAUGAGUCAAUGAUGUUUAGUUAGUACCUUUUAAUGUAUUUAUUUUUGAUAUACCUUAAAUAAGAUAUACAGCAUUUUCUUCUGGUCAAGUGUGAUGUGGACAAGUAAUUCUGUCAGUCACUUGUUCCCUUCGGGUCUCUGAUAUUGUGACAUUUUCAGGUCCGUGGUGAUUAUUCACAGUGAUUAAAAACAACAGUGAGUUCUCCGCUUUAUUGCAUUCUGAGAAGACGGUGACGCUUGCAGGUCAUUUUGAGUUGCUUGUGAUAUGCUUUCCUCGUUGCACAGUGAUGAUCGUACCAGCAGUAAGUACACCCUGUGGACUACAGAUAGUUGACUAGUGGUUUGAUAGGUGAUUGUGUGAGUUGGAGUCCACAUUCAAGAUCUAUUGAUUCAAAACUGAGUAUGUGCUCUCUGGAGUCACACUUGUGGAAUCCAGAUCUGUGUAGGCUAGGUUCGUGCUUGAGUAAUUCACGUAGACGUGUCCGGCGUUCUCAGCCAGCGGAAGACCGCCCCUGUUAUGCAAAAAACAAUUAAAUGAAUAUAUAUUUUUCUGUAAAAAAACAAAACAAAACAGACAAAUAUAUAAUAUCAGACCUAUUUGAGGCAACUGAAAUGGGAAAAUAAUGUGAAAUACAUAAAUGUGUGGUCAUUUAAAUGAAUGUAUAUAUGUAUGUGUGCAUGUGUUUGUGUGGCUAUCAAUAGUCGAUCGACGGGUUAUUGUGAUGUCAAAAAUAAGACCAAGAUGUUGGAAAAAAAAAACAGACCAGCCGAGCUGAACUUAAUUUUAUGUUAAUCAAAGGCAUUGUAAAUGUUGGCAGGUGUGAGCUUUAACAGGAGGUUGAAUAUGAUCAGUUAAAAUAGGAAAAAGGCCACAUUCCCUGUUUAGCAUAUUUUUUUCAAUUGAGGUUUGUGUCAUUGGGUUGAUAUCCAUCCAUCCAUCCAUCUAUUUUCUUAGCCGCUUAUCCUCACAUGGGUUGUUGGAGGCGGGGUACACCCUGAACUGGUUGCCAGCCAAUCGCAGGGCACAUGGAGACAGACAACAGUCGCACUUACAAUCACACCUAGGGGUAAUUUGGAGUGUCCAUUUCACGCAUGUUUUUGGGAUGUGGGAGGAAACCCACUCGGGGGCGGCGAGAACAUGCAAACUCCACGCAGGCGGGGCCGGGAUUGAACACCAGUCCUCAGAACUGUGAGACCAACCCUCGAACCAGUUGCUCCACCGUGCCGCCCAUCACACAUUAACGGUGCAAAAAAAAAAAAAUUGAAAUGAUUUGUCUUGGUCUAUUUUUUUUGUCACAAAAACCCAAUAUUUGAGAAAGGAUGUGUUGACAUCAUCAUAUUCAUGCUACAAACUACAUGUAUAAAAUAUAAUAAUAUCUAUGCAUAAAUAUAAAAACAUUUAAUAUUGUAUAUGCAUUAUAUUUUUGUAAAUAAUGAUGUAUAUAGGCAUUUUUGUUGCUUACUUUGGUUCCUUUCCAGCCCUUGGAAAACCUUGCAAAAUGUUUAAAAUAAUACAAAUGUUACCAGUAUAUUUGGCUUUUUAAAAAAUGCUGUUCUUAGUUGUGCUUUGUUGUACCUUUAGCU